AUGAUUCCUGAAAUCGUCAGUAAGAGUGUGCAGGAUCAAGCCGGUGGUGAACCAACGGUGGGGGUGGUGGCCGAGGGGGAGAAGGCGGGGCUUGAGAAGCUGCCCGCCGAGCGUGAGAAGGAGCAGGCUCAGGAGGCUUCAGAGUUGCAGACUAGUAUGAUUGAAACAUUGGAAGCAGUGGAGAUAGAGAAACAGAGACAUCACAACACUAGAAUGGAAGCCCUUGCACGUUUGGCUAGACUUGAGGUUACAAACGGUGAGCUUGCAAAGUCACUUGCCAGGGAACAAUGGGAGCUGGAAGUUCAAGUAGAUCAAGUGGCGCAGCUUCGAGAGGAAGUUGAAUUGAAGAAACUUGCUCAAGAUAAAUACAGAAGAAAGCUAACAAAGAUACAAAAGACAAGUGCCCCUCCGGUUGAUGAAAUAGAAUCUUUGAGAAGGUUCAAGUUGGAGGAAGAAAUUGUUGAUGCAGAAUACACUCUGACAUGUGACAGAAUUGUGAAGGACAAGGUAGGUUUUCCCGUGUAUGACUGAUCUCAUGUAGUGAUU